UUGUCACGUGUUUAUUGUGAAGAUGGCGUCUCCAAAUGGAGGUGAGGACUUUGAGAGCUCUCUGCUGAGUUUUGAGAAACUGGACAGAGCAUCACCAGACCUAUGGCCUGAACAAUUGCCUGGAGUUGUUGAAUUUGCUGCUUCUUGUAAAAAUUCUAUUACUAAUUCCCCACCUAAAUGGAUGGCUGAACUGGAAAAUGAAGACAUUGAGAUGCUAAAAGAACUGGGCAGUCUGACAACAGCUAAUUUGAUGGAGAAGGUCAAAGGACUACAGAAUCUUGCCUACCAGCUGGGCUUAGAAGAAUCCAGAGAAAUGACCAGGGGCAAGUUCCUCAACAUCCUGGAGAGGCCCAAGAAGUGACAAUCAACAGAAUACACGUGAUUCAGAUAGGCCCAAGCUGUUUUUAGAUCCUUCACUGUGUCUACGGCUUUAGUUUUACAACAAAAUAAUAAAACACCACCCAUUUAUUAGUAGACUAUUUAAUGUGUUAUAUUUAUUUUAAUUUCUAUAAUUUAAUGUUCUAUUUGAGGUUGUUUCAUAACAUUUUAACAAUAAAGAUGCUCUUUUA